AUGGCGUCCUCAAACCACAUCAGCAAAGUCGCAAUCGUUGGCGCAGGUGGCAACGUGGGCCGCUACAUGACCGAGGCGUUGUUGAAGACUGGAAAGCACACUGUCACGGCGAUCACUAGAUCUGACAGCCAAAGCAAGCUACCUGAAGGUGUCCAGAGACAAGAUGUCGAUUACGAGAAGCCAGAGAGCAUUGUCGACGCUCUUCGCGGACAGGAUGCGCUGGUCAUUACGAUUAGUGGCCGUGCUCCUAUCAAAGAAAUCGAAGAGAAGCUUGUACGUGCAGCAGCAGAGGCUGAAGUCCCGUGGAUGAAAAUCAGACGAUUCGACUUGCAUCUGACGGAGCUAACGUCUUUAUCAGUCGCCACACGAAAGCUGAUCGAAGAGAUUGGCAAGAGCUCCUACGUUGCCGUCUCGUCGGGUUUCUGGUACGAGUACAGCCUGGCCAUGCCCGCCAACUAUGGCAUCGACUUCGACAAGCGCCACUGCAACAUGUACGAUGAUGGCAAGACGGCAAUCUCAACGUCUACCUGGCCACAGGUUGGCCGUGCGGUCGCAUCCAUUCUCAGUCUGCCCAUCAAGGCCGAAGCUGGUGGGAAGGACUCCAGCGCCACGCUCGAGAGCCUUCGAAACAAGGUCAUCUACAUCAACUCCUUCACCGUCAGCCAACAAGAUAUGCUGGAGUCGGCGCAGCGUGUGACUGGCACUAAGCCAGAGGACUGGUCGGUUGAGAAGUAUGACUCUCGCGAGCGUUUCUCCGUUGCCAUGAAGUUUUUCAAGGAAGGCAAAUUCAAGACCGAAGGUUUCACCAACUUCUUAUACUCACGUAUCUUCUUCCCGGAUGGAUGUGGUGAUACUGAACACAACAAAGGCACCGUCAAUGCCUUGCUGGGUCUCCCGAAAGAAGACCUGGACGAAGCUACUCGCAUUGCUAUGGAGCGCCAACGAUCUCAAGGUGCCAAUGGCGGGCAUUAG